AUGGAUGCUGAUUACUAUUCGAGCGCGAUCGCUCUUUUAGAAAAUGCAGCUGCCGAGUUUAAGCGAUCUGUUGAUAAGCAGAUCGUAGCUUUUGAAAAUGAGCAAAAGCUUCAUGAAGAGACAAUUCGCUCAAUUGAUGAAAAAAUCGCAGCGCUACAGCAAAGAGAAAAGGAACUUCUCGAAAAGAAGAGUUUAAAGGAUAUAGACGUAUCAGAUAAAAAGAAAGAAGCAGACAAAAUAACAGAAGAGAUUAAUUCCUUAAAAAGAAGAGAAAGGGAGCUGGAAGAGGAAAAAGAAAAGAGGCAAUUUGAAUUCGAAGAGAAACGACGUCGAAUUGCCUCUCAAACUGAUGAAUUAAGCAAAGAACGAGUAGAAGGUGACGACAGUAAAGAACUGACAAAUGGUUUGCUCUUUUACUCGCAGAGGCUGCAAAUGUUCUUAAACAAAGGUUCCAGUUCGUUCUUACACCUAGCAAUAGAUUUGGAAGGAAUUCGUAUUACUUUCCGAUGCAUCGAUCGUAAUCAUCCAAAGAGACGUUUUUAUGUGGUCCUGAAGAUAAAUGACGAGGAGAAGUGGGAACUGCUUCGAACAAAGCCGUGUUUAGAGAACGAGAGCGCGCUGAUGAAGCGGUUAAAUGAAUCGAACGACGUAAACAGCUUUCUUCGCAAUGUCCGAAAGUCAUUCAAGGCGCAAUAUUGUAACGAUGUGUAG